AUGAAAAAGAAUCUCUAUUCUAUCUUAGGUAUUCCAAAGUCUUCAGACUUGUCAGAAAUUAAAAAGGCAUACUAUAAAUUAGCAAAGUAAUACCAUCCUGAUUCAAAUCCUUCUCCAAAUUCCAAAUAAAAAUUUGAAGAAAUUACUGAAGCAUACGAAGUUUUAUCUGAUGAUAGUAAAAGAAAAUUAUAUGAUUCUUGUGGAUAUAGCGAUGAUGCUACUGAAAAUGAAGAGUAGUAUGAAGGUGACACUUUUGAAGCAAAAGAAAAAACAGCUUCUGGAGGUAAAGGAUUUAGCAAAAAGCGUAAUCGCUAUCAUGAUUAUGAAGAAGUAUUUUAAGAUUUUGAUUCAUUUUUUGAGUAAAAAAUGAAGUAAAAAGCCCGUCCUCCUACUAGAGGUGCUGAUAUUCAUUACAUUUUAGAUCUAGAAUUUUUAGAAAGUCUUACUGAUAAUGUUUAAAAAGCUAUUUAAUUUGAGCGUAAAUGUUUAUGCCCUUAAUGUAAGGGCACAAGAGCUCAACAAGGAACUAUGCCUUAAAGAUGUUAUUCUUGUGGAGGAUCAGGGACUAUUUUAAUUCGUAAUAAUAGCGCAUUUGCAAGUACAUCAAUAAAUGAAUAGAUGUGUACAGAAUGUGAUGGAUAUGGAAAAGUAGUAAAAAAUAAAUGCCAAAUAUGCACAGGAUAAGGUUUUAUAACAUAAACUGUGAAAGAAAAUAUCAAAAUCCCUAAAGGAGUUAAGAGUGACCAAGUGUUAAGGAAAGAAAGCUGUGGGAAUGUUGGAGAGUAAGGAGGAAAGAAUGGCGAUUUAUUUAUUAAAUUGAAAGUUAAAGAUCAUCCUUACUAUAGUAGAAAUGGCAAUAAUAUUUUAUCAGACUGUAAAGUUAGCAUCUCUCAAGCGAUUUUGGGUGGAAGGGUAAAAGUAGAAACUAUACAUGGAUGUGUAGAAAUAGAUAUUCCAUCUGGUACUAAUGAUGGAGAUGUCAAAAAACUAAGUAAUCUAGGUGUUGCCAAAGAUAAUUCUAGGUACAGAGGUGAUCACAUAUUAACUUUUAAAAUACAAAUCCCUACUGUUUUAACAUAAGAAUAAAAGAAUAUUUUUGAAUAACUCAAGUUAUUAGAUUGCUUAACUGAAGAAAAACCAUUCGAUACUUCUAAUUUAUAAUAUUGA